AUGUCUGUCCGAACCGCAACUCGCCCGUUACCGUUAAGGGCGACAAGUCUCCUCCGUCCUUCCUCAACACCAAUCUACUCGGAGCGUCGUUCGUUCUUCAGCUUCCCAGGUACACCCGGCGCCGACACCCAAACCAUCACAGCCACCCGAACCCUCCCAUAUACGCAACAAUCUCUAUACAAACUCGUCGCCGACGUCGACUCCUACUCCUCCUUUGUGCCGUACUGCGCCCACUCUCGCGUAACCCAAUGGUCACAGCCGGACGAGAAUGGCCAGAAGUGGCCAACCCUUGCUGAUCUGCACGUUGGCUGGGGCGGCUUCAACGAAGUCUUUACCAGUCGGCUGCGUUGUGUGCCUGGCGUGUCAGUAGAGGCUGUCAGCGGCGACCCUGCUUCCGCAAACGCCCAAGCAGCUUCGGCUGUCUUCAAGAGUCUCGUUACGAGAUGGCAUCUGCAACCAAUCCGCCGGGAACCCUCCUCGCCUUCAACCGAGGUCCACCUGACUAUCAAGUAUCAGUUUGCCAAUCCUCUGUAUGCUGCAGUCAGCGCCGCUGUUUCGGAUAAAGUAGCCGGUCUCAUGAUAAACGCUUUCGAAAAGAGGGCGCUAGAAGAGCUUGGCCACAUAUCCAGGCCGCAAACCAACACCCAGCAACACACCUACUAG